GUUUCUCAGACAGUUAUAAUCACCCGUCUUAUAUUCCUAUAAUAAUGAGUUCUAGGAGAAACUUUUGGGUUUUUCGAUCAAUUAUAACAUAUUGCAGAAACACCAUAUCUGUGCUUCUUUCUACUUUCUUCAUUUUCUUGUUCAACAAUCUCCCUUCUCCUAGCUUGCUCGACAUUGCCACUAUGGUUAACACUGAGGCUGCUAGAACAGCUGUGGGCAUUAUUGGGAAUGUCAUCUCUAUUGGCUUAUUUGCCUCCCCAAUGUAAAUUCUCUCUCCGUGGCCCAACAUUCGUUAAAAUAUUGAAGGCAAAAUCAGUGGAAGACUUCAAGCCGGACCCUUACGUAGCAACAGUACUGAAUUGCGCAAUGUGGUGUUUCUACGGUCUCCCCCUUGUCCAUCCAGACAGCUUUCUUGUCAUCACAAUCAACGGCUGUGGGUUAAUAAUCGAGAUCAUCUACGUUACCGUCUUCUUCCUAUACUCUCCCUGGUCAAAGCGUCGGAGGAUCCUCAUUGCUCUUGUGAUUGAAAUCAUCUUCUUUGCCUGCGUAGUUUUCGUUACCCUACACUUUUUCCAUACCACCAAAGAAAGAUCCACGAUAAUCGGCACAGUGUGUAUUGUCCUCAAUGUACUGAUGUAUGCUUCACCCUUGACUGUCAUGCGCAUGGUCAUUAGAACAAGGAGUGUGAAGUACAUGCCAUUCACUCUAUCAGUAGCCAACUUCUGCAAUGGAGUCGUUUGGAUGAUUUAUGCCCUCCUCAAAUUCGAUCUCUUCAUCUUGAUUCCCAAUGGUUUGGGAACUUUUUUUGGUUUGGGUCAGCUCAUACUGUAUGCCAGCUACUACAGGUCGACCCAAUGGGACAGAAGAGCACGUGAGGCAGAACUCUUUUAUGCAUAAGCAUCUCACACUGCUAUUUAUUGUUCAAUUUUUUGGAGCCACUUUCACACACAUACAAAUAUAGGAGAGGUCAAGCAGUCGUAUCAGAAAUGAAAACUAAUACAGCAAUCAAUUUUUUAAUA